AUGUCAUCACAAAAUCAUUUAUUAACAUCUGAAAAUAAAAAUAGUGAAAAAUGGAAUCAAUGUUUAACAGAUUCAAUUAUUAAAACAGCUUCGGGUUUGACAUUAGGUCUUGUCUUUUCGGCUCUGCUCUUCAAACGUCGUCCAUGGCCUGUUUUCUUCGGCACAGGUAUAGGUAUAGGAAUGGCAUAUAGUAAUUGUCAAAAUGAGUUACGUUCACCUAAAGUUCAUUCUCAAUCAUUACCAAUAAUACGACCUGAUCGACAUGUAUCAACAGUAAGAAAACCGUAA